AUGCCUAAGGAAAAGCAACCAUUGCGGUUCAAAUUGGAAAAGUACCGUUUUUUUAGUGCUUAUGAAAAAUCUAUAUCCACCGAGAAACGUUUUUUGAUAUCACAACACGUGUGUACUAGUAAACACAAGCAAAAUAUUACAAGAAAGAACAAAUUUAAGCAACAAUUUUUUACUGAUGCAGUCGCAAACAACUCCCAAAGUUCUACUUUCUCAAAAGAAUUAUGUGAGGCGAUGAUAAGUGCAGAUAUACCCUUAUGGAAAUUGAAUCAUUUUCCUUUUAAACAAUUCAUGGAAAAACACUCAGGCAAACGUAUUUCUGUUGAAUCCACUCUUAGGAAAAAUUAUUUGUCUGUUAUUUAUGAAAAUUGUUUGGCUUCGAUUCGUGAAUAUAUAAAUGAUGGCCCUAUAUGUAUUACCAUUGACGAAACUACAGAUUCUAAAAAACUACAGAUUCUAAAAACCGGUGCAUUCGCAGUGUGA